AUGGAAUUGUUUGGUGGUGCUGGGAGCUCUGGCAUUGCUGGAAGCUCUGCCCUUCACUGCCUGGCCAGAGGCUGUGGCACAGCCGAAGGCCUGGCACAGCGUGUCCCUGAGCUGUCCCCUUCCCACAGGGAAACUCCAGCCCUUUCAUCUCCUGUUUACACUGAGCUGGCUGAAGGAGAGCCAGGGCAGAGCUGUGCCCGGCAGUGGCAGCUUUCCCCUGGCUCUGUGCUUGGCAGGAACACGUCCUCAGGGCUUGGCACAGCUCCAUCCCCGAUACAAACAGUGACCCACAGAUUCCCCUGGGGUGUUCUCUGCCUCCAGGUCCAGCGGGCCACGGGGAUUGGCAACAACAGGAACAUCCUGGUCACAGCGAGAGACCCCAAUGGCUUCCAGCUUGGAGUGUCCCAGGACGUGCGAGGACAGAUCAACUUCGUCACCAAGGACACAGGUUUCUACCAGCUCUGCCUGGACAACCAGCAAAACCACUUUGGCUUAAUGCAGGUGUAUCUCAACUUUGGUGUGUACUAUGAUGACUUCAACAUGGAGCACAAGCAGCCAGCAGAGAGGAAGGAGCUGAAUGACACCCUGGAGGCAAUUGGGAUGAGUAUCCACAGGCUGCAGACCCACACCUUCCACAUGUGGCGCUUCUACAACUUUGCCCGGAUGAGGAAAGGGGCUGACUUCUUCCUCCUGGAGUCCAACUACAACUACAUCAACUGGUGGUCCAUGGCCCAGAGCUGUGUCAUUGUCCUCUCCGGGGUGCUGCAGCUCUGCUUCCUCAAGCGCCUCUUCCACGUGCAAACCUCGGGCAGCCAGAAGUGCUAGAGCAGGGCAGGGACCCCCCUGCAGAGCCAGGUCACCUGGCUGCCACUCUGUCCCACCACAGAGUAGGAGCAAAGGCUGGAUUCUGCUUCCAGGAGGAGGUUGGAGAGUUCUCCCUGCUCCUGCCUCAGCUUUAGCCCUGGCAUCACCCCAGGAAAAGUCAAAGGCCACACUGUCACCUGAGUUCUGUGUGCUGUGUGGGUUUGUCACGUCCCUACCCAUCAUUAGUGUCUUAAUGGGCCUUUUCUACCAGACUCCCAAUAAAGGAACCCCCAGCAGAGUCUGGGGAGCAACUGGUGCCUGCUAAAGCCAUCCUGACUCUGUGAGACUAAAAGCUGCUGGGCUCUCCCUCCCCUGAA